AUGCCCUCAGAAGCCACAUCAGAAGAGCCUGCAGCGGAGCGCGGCGAAACUGAUGAGAGACCGAAGCGCUUCCGCUUCAAGUCCAGGUCACAGGAUGCCCGCCAUAACGAAGUCAGCUCGAGAAGUCACAAGCGUCGCAAGCACCAUCAUUCGUCUCAUGGACAUAGGAAGCGCCACCGGUCCUCGAGACACUCUGACGAUGCGACCCAUGUGGAGAAUCUCGAUUCGAGUCAUCUCCCUCCGGACCAUGCAUUUCGAGAAUCGCUAUUCGAUGCCAUGGGCGAUGAUGAGGGCGCGGCUUUCUGGGAGACUGUCUACGGCCAACCAAUACACAGCUAUCCUAACACAUACCGAGACGAAGAGACUGGUGAGCUUGAACGCAUGACUGAUGAAGAAUAUGCACAGUUCGUUCGGCGAAAAAUGUGGGAAAAGAGCUGGGAAGGAAUUGAAACUGCGAAGGAGGAGAAACGGAAAGAGUGUGAACGUGAAAAGCGGAGAAUACGGGAGGAGGAGACAAGAAGAGAACGGGCUCGCCAGGCUCGACAUGAGGAUCGUAUCUUCGACAUUGAGAUCGAGAACAGUCUAAGGCGAGGCGAGAAGCGGAAGGACCGCAAGCGGUGGCAGAGACUGUGGGAAGACUAUCUCCGCCGCUGGGAAGACCUUCGGAGCAUGGCUCAGAACCGGCAGAAGUCUGGGGACGACGCCGAGCAGGUCUUUCUACGAAACAAGAUUGCAUGGCCCGUCGAAACAGGAAACCGUAAGGCCGUAGCCAGAGAAGAGAUCGAGUCAUUUGUCAAAAAGGGUACCAGUAGCUAUGGGGCUGUUGAUGGAACAGAUCCUUUUGCCCAUGCCAUCAAAACCGAGCGUGUCCGGUGGCAUCCCGACAAGAUCCAACAGCGCUAUGGAUUCAUGGAUAUUGACGAGAAUACCCUUCAGGGUGUUACGGCGGUCUUUCAGGUAUUCGACGAUAUCUGGAAUGAGAUUCGCCAUGGGGUGACGUGA